GAGACAAACGCACAACCGAAAUGGCCACCCUGAUCCAGGAGAUCUUCGAGUCUGCGGUAGUGACCACCAACUACCCACGAUCCCAAAUAGACAUCUUUGUUCAAGUCAUGCAGGCGGACGGAGGUCAGUUGAGUGCGUGCGUCAACGCUGCUUGUCUGGCACUGAUCGACGCCGGUAUACCCUUGUCAGACUAUGUGUGCUCGGUGACGUCGAGCUUUAUUGAGGAUACGCCGAUCUUAGAUCUCAAUCAGACUGAGAAAAGUGCGGGUGGCCCUGAGAUGGUUGUGGCUGUGUUACCGAAGUCCAAGAAAGUGUUGAUGACUCAGAUGGAUCAGAGACUGCAUAUCGACAAGUUGGAGGGGAUCUUAGAGUUGGCUGUGGAGGGGUGUACACAAAUUAUGGAGAAAUUCGAUGCAACAGUGCGCGCUCGCACAGCGCAACUGCUGACCAGCUAUGGUAAAUAAUGAUGUGAAUAGAAGGGUAUGUAUGUAUAAAUAAAAGGAUAUGUAUUUAAAUAAAAGUAAUAGAUAUAAAAUAAAG